AUGGCGCCCACCCUAUUCAGUCUCAUGUUUUCUGCCAUGAUGAUGGACGCCUACCGUGAUGAGCGCCCCGGGAUCCGCAUCGCCUACAGGACGGACGGUCACCUCCUGAAUCAACGGCGGAUGCAAUUCCAAUCGCGCGUGUCCACAACCACCGUUCACGAACUUCUCUUCGCCGACGACUGCGCCCUUAACAUCAUCUCGGAAGAGGAGAUGCAACGGAGCAUGGACCUGUUCUCCGCCGCGUGCGAGAUGUUUGGGCUGGUCAUCAACACGCAGAAGACGGUGGUGAUGCAUCAACCUCCACCCAACACAGCCACUCCUCCCCGACGCGCCGCAAAUCAGUGUGAACUGCACCCAACUGUAAGUGGUGGAGAAAUUCCCGUACCUGGGCAGUACCCUCGCCCGCAACACCAAGAUCGAUGA